CUCUGCGCAGACGCCGAGAGAAACAGACAGUUCAUGUUCACAUUCCGGGCAAGUAGGAAUCCGUUCACAUUGACAAAUAUAUACAGCCAAGAACGCCAAAUAGACUAAUCUCCCUCUGCUUGUUCUUCAUAAAUAUACAAAUAAGCAUUAAAUACAGUACAACGAUUAAUCCAACUCACACACCAAUCCAUGCUACACCAACCCACCAUCUGUCUGUUUUGGGCAUCUAAUGUGUAUAUGUUUUGCAGUUCUCAUUCAUCUAAAUCUUGAUACAUAUACAGAGAUACACACACACACACACAUUGUGGUAACUUCAUCUCAGCAUUUGUACUUUUCACAAGAAUCAAAUCUUGUACAAAAACCCACGAUGCGAGCUUCAAUUACGACACUCGUUUUCUUGAUAUUUGUCCAUUGUUUGGCCUGCCAGUCCCAGCAGGUUCCACGGCUCGACACCCUCAAACCAGGAGACAGGCUAAACUUUUCAUCUCAACUGGUUUCCGCCAACGGGAUGUUCAGCUUAGGAUUCAGUUCCUUGGACGGUGCAGGUAAUGCUUACUUAUCUUUGACUUACACGAACAGCAGCAUCGUAUACUAUUAUGUGUGGAUUGCAAACAGGGAUCGGCCUGCUAUCAGCGGUCUGUAUCCGUUUCUCACUGUCGACAUCACGGGGAAGCUGGUUAUCGGGCACGAUUCUAAUGGAGGAGAAUCCAUCGAGCUAUAUGCCGGCGAAUCAAGCAAGAAGAUUAAUGUAUCGGCCACUUUGUUGGAUACCGGGAAUCUUGUAGUAAAAGAGAAGAGUUCUUCAAAUGGUGAAGUGAUCUUAUGGCAAAGUUUUGACCAUCCUACCGAUACUCUUCUUCCAGGGAUGAAACUGGGCGUCAACCACAGGACCGGAAGAAAUCAGGUACUCACUUCAUUUUUCGGGCCUAAUAAUCCGGCCUCUGGAGCUUUUACUCUCGAAUGGGAUCCGAGUGAAGACAGAUUGUUAGUCAGACGACGAGGCGUCCUUUAUUGGACGAGCGGCAAGCUGAGGGAUUAUUACGAUGAGAGUUAA